AUAUAGCUCUAGCAAGCCAAUGAUGAAGAAAUUCAGCCUGCAUCUGUUCUCUCUCCUCCUAACUAUCUCUCUCGUCUCUCAGCUCCUAAAAUCACAAGAUGAUGAUUUUGUUAGGCAACCAGCUGGUAGAGUAAUACUCACUCCUCAUGGUCGUUCUGAUUCAGACCCUCAACAGGUGCAUAUUUCACUGGCGGGAAAGGAUCACAUGAGAGUUUCAUGGGUUACAGACAACAGUCAUAAAAAAUCUAUUGUGGAGUAUGGAGAGCAAUCUGGAAAACAUAAUGCAAAGGCUACUGGAGAACACACACGGUAUGAUUAUUUUUCAUAUACUUCUGGGCGGAUCCACCAUGUUACCAUUGGCCCUUUGGAGCCUUCAACCACAUACUUCUAUAUCUGUGGUGGUUCCGGUCCGGAGUUCUCCUUCAAGACACCCCCACAGACACAUCCGAUCGAAUUUGUAGUGGUUGGUGACCUAGGACAAACUGAUUGGACUAACUCCACUCUAGCCCACAUCAAAAGCAUAGACUACGAUGUACUCCUCCUACCUGGUGACCUAUCCUAUGCCAAUGGACACCAACCCCUUUGGGACUCGUUCGGCCGGAUUGUCGAGCCCUUGGCAAGCCGCCGCCCCUGGAUGGUCACACAAGGCAACCACGAGGUGGAAAGCUCUCCUGUCGUCUCCCCAACCGGCUUCAAAGCCUUCAAUGCCAGGUGGCAAAUGCCGUACAAGGAAAGCGGAUCCACCUCAAACUUGUACUACUCCUUUGAAGUUGCUGGCACCCACAUCAUCAUGCUUGGCUCCUAUGCCGAGUUCGACACCGAAUCAUCGCAGUACGCGUGGCUUGUAUCCGACUCGGCGAAGAUUGAUAGAAAGAAAACGCCGUGGGUUGUGGUGGUAUUGCAUGCACCGUGGUAUAAUACCAACACUGCUCAUCAGGGUGAAGGAGAGAGCAUGAGAAAGUCUGUGGAGGAGUUGCUGUAUAAGGCACGGGUUGAUCUGGUUUUUUCAGGGCACGUUCAUGCCUAUGAGCGAUUUACAAGGGUGUACAACAAGGAGGCUGAUCCAUGCGGUCCGGUGCAUGUUACCAUUGGCGACGGUGGGAACCUAGAAGGACUGGCAUUAAUGUUCGAAGACCCAGCUUCUCCUCUCUCCUUGUACAGAGAACCAAGUUUUGGACAUGGACGACUCAAGAUAGUGAAUGAAACACACGCCGUUUGGGGAUGGCAUCGCAACCACGACUCAAACUUUGUCGUAAAAGACCAAGUUUGGAUACAAAGUUUGAGCUCCUCUAAAAGAUGCUCCGAAUCUGUGGACCAGGAAGUUCUAUUGUCAUCUAAGGAUGAAUUGUAAUUAAGCACAGAGAAACUAAGUGAUAUUCUUAGUUCUACGUACGUGAUAAUCUCGUUAUUGCAUAUUUUGGUGGAGGAAACAAUCAAAAAAACAAAAAACAAAUUAAAGGACAUCUGAAACUAUUCAGU